AUGAUGGGCCUGGCGCGGGUGUUCGCGAUAGUCGGCGCAUUUACCGACAGCGACGUCGCCUGGACGCUCAACACGGCUCUCAACUCGCUGCAGGGCGCGUUCAUAUUCGUCGCGUCCGACUGCAACCAAAUCACCGUGCAGAAGUUGGCUGUGUUCCGCAAACAACCCUUCCGUGUCCGAUACGCAGACGACCACAGCGGCCACGCCACUCAGUGCCUCGACUUAGCGCUCGCCCGACUGAAAUUUCCCAACAAGCAUAAUGUGUAG